AUGAUGCGGAUGCCUAAAGGCGUCUCUCCGGCAUCGGGUCGGGUAGCGGUGGGGAUGCCGUGCUCGCACCAGAAAACGAAGGUUUUGUCCUCCGGAGUGGUAAAACCGGAGUUCUUAAGUACCGGAUUGUCUAGCCCACCGAUGCACACGGUACCGGCCGGGUAUUUCACCCAGAUAUGCAACACUGCUGCUGCGGAACAAAGAGCCAACUGCCUGUAUUCAACCCCCCACGGACCUGAUGCUAAGCCCAUCCGAUCAUCCUCCGGUCGAUUGCCGGCGAAGAGGAGACUGGAUCUAGAGGACCCUCUUUACCUGCCCGAGUUCCGCACACCAAAAGGAAAAGGCAUCGCUGCAGCCAGGAUACCAAGUCCUAAAACUCCAAAGUCCCCAGGGGAGCGGACACGUUACGAUACCUCCCUGGGCUUGCUGACCAAGAAAUUUGUGGGACUGAUCGCAGAGUCUCCUGAUGGUGUUCUUGACCUCAACUGGGCCACUGAGGUUCUGGAGGUCCAGAAAAGACGCAUCUAUGAUAUCACCAAUGUCCUAGAGGGGGUCCAGCUCAUCCGCAAGAAGUCUAAAAACAACAUCCAGUGGAUGGUCGGAGAUGUAUUUGAAGGUGGUUCAGGGGGAGGGGAGAAGGCCCGCUCCCUCAGGAGAGAGCUAGGGGACCUUGAGAGAGCAGAGAGAACCUUGGAUGAACUGAUCCAUUCCAGCAGCACAAUCCUCAAACAGCUCACUGAACACAAAGACAACGAGAGAUUGGGCUAUGUGACGUACCAGGACAUUCGCUCCAUAUCCAGCCUCCAGGACCAGACAGUCAUUGCUGUCAAGCCCCCCUCUGAGACCAAACUGGAGGUGCCAGUGUCAUCAACAGGGUCAUUACAGAUAUAUCUAAAGAGUAAAAAUGGUCCCAUUGAAGUGUACUUGUGUCCAGAGGAAGGUCUGGAUGACGCUAGCCCUGUCAAGAGUGCCACUACUCCCAAAAAGGACUACCCUCAGGCUCUACCUCAACCCCUAGGCCCACCCUCCACACCCACAAUGGGACCCCCAAACUACAGUAUCAAACCGGAGCCUGUAGAGGCUGUCAUGGACAAACCAGCCCCAGUGUCUGCCACUACCUCAACUUCCACUUCCUCGCUGCUGGAUGUGGAGGGUCUGCUGGGUUUGACCCCCAGCCUGCUCCAGAUCACUGAGGACCAGCUCCCUGGGACCACCUUCACUCAAGACUCAAGCACCCCCUUUGUCAGCUUCUCCCCUCCAUUGGACCAUGACGACUACCUCUGGAGUUUAGAGGACAACGAGGGGGUGUCUGAUUUCUUUGAUACUUAUGACCUGGGAGAUCUGCUUAGGAGCUGAGGGAUGGAUGAAGAAG